AUGUACUCGCCGAGCCCUUGCCGGUCAGAUGGGACGUUCGACUUGAUUGUGCGGAUGUACAAGAACGGUAACGUGUCGCGGCAGCUGGGCAGCAUGAGGCUCGGCGGGUCUGUGUUCAUGCGGCCAUUCCCGCCUUCUCUGCCUGCGGACCGCCGCAACCCGGGGCGGCACGUUGGCCUGGUAGCUUAUGGUGUUGGCAUCACGGAGAUCUACUGGACGGCCAUGAACGAGCUGAGUGACCCUGGAGUGCAGGAUGUGGUCCUCGUCUAUGCCACCCGCACGAUGGAGGAACAGAAGGUGUACGGUCCGGAGCUUGAAGAGCUGCAGAGGCAAGAACCACGUCGCUUCCGCCUGGAGAAGGUUCUGUCUCGGCAGCGAGUGCAGGGCGCUCGCCAUGGAAGGGUCAAUGCCCAGCUGCUCUCGGAAGUCUUCCCUUGGUCACGAACUUCGGGUUCCCGGGCUGAGGCGCGCUUUGCAGUGGCUGGCAAUAAGGAGAUGAUCAACACAACCUUCGGCUGGUUAGCCGACAUUGGCUAUCCGGAGUCUUGCAAGCUGAUACGAGAUCUGUCAGUGUCGUCCCUUUUGUCGCGCCGCUUUCGUGCCUUCUGGGGCGCUUGA